AUGUACGAAUAUAAUAUUUUGUUGUCAACAAGAUUUCCGCAAAAGUUAUGGAAGAUAAUAAACGAAUGUCAAACGGGUUCAAUACGAUGGAGUUUAAAUGGUACGACAAUUUUAUUAGAUUAUAAAAAAUUUCAUGAAGAAUAUUUGAGCCCACCGCAAUCAAUUUUCAAAACUAAUAAUAUCUCGAGCUUUAUACGUCAAUUAAACCUUUACGGGUUUCGAAAAGUGACAUCACAUAAUCGUGAUCCAUCAUGUAAUUCACGUAAUCCUGAUAUUCAUGAAUUUUUGCACGACAAUUUUAAUCGUAGUCGUGCGGAUCUUUUGAGUAAAGUUUGUCGUAAAACUUCGGGGAAAUUAAAUAAACGCAUUGAACGAGCUGAAGCUAAAAAUUUUCCAAGGAAUGACGUAAUCAAUAAAUCAAGAACGCAAGGAAUGUCCCGAUUACAAAUGUGCCAGCUUGCUCUUAAAAAAGCGUUGGAACAAGCGAUUGCAGAUUAUCGACGCAAAAAAUAUCAAGAAUUGAAAGAAAUCGUACCCGAAAAUCAUCAAGAUCAUCUAUGA